AUGACUUUACUUGCUGUUUUCAUUGUGGAGUCACUGGGGAGGAGAAUCCUUCUCCUUGCUGGCUUUGGGAUGUGCUGUGUCUCCUGCGCAGUGUUAACACUGGCCCUCAACCUCCAGGCAACUCUCCCGUGGAUGUCCUACAUCAGCAUAGCAUGUGUCAUUAUUUACAUCAUUGGACAUGCUACUGGAGCCAGUCCAAUUCCCUUCGUGAUGAUCACCGAGAUGUUCCUGCAGUCGUCCCGGUCUGCAGCGUUCAUGGUGGGUGGAUCUGUCCACUGGCUGAGUAACUUCACCGUGGGCCUUGUGUUCCUCUACAUGGAGGCUGGACUGAAGGCCUACAGCUUCCUCAUCUUCUGUGCCGUCUGCCUGGUCACUAUAGUUUACAUCUUCAUCGUUGUCCCCGAGACAAAGAACAAAACCUUCAUGGAAAUCAACAGGAUUAUGGCCAAGAGGAACAAGGUGGAGUUUCAGUCUGAAAAAGAAGAGCUCAAGGAUUUCAAGACUGUUCCAGGGGAGCAGGCAGGAAAGAGCCAAGUCUCCCAGAGUGAGCUGUGA